GGGGGACACCCAGGGGUCCUCCCGGGGGUCGCCGGCCUGGCCCGGGGGUCCGUGCUGGCACAGCCUGGUGAGCCGCGAGCAGCCCCCUAGCCCGUUCCCCGGGCCCCUCCCCCAGUGCCCCCGGAACCCGUGGGCCAGCAAGAGCGAAGGGAACCAGGGGCAGGUGUCGGGAACAGGGCGGGACGCAACCGGGCUGGGGCCCUCCCCCGGGGCAAAGCUGAUUUGCCCCCCCGGGGCAGUGCAAUUACCCCAAUUGCCCUGCCUCGCCCCGCUCCCUGCCCCUCCUGGCAGCACAGUGUGGGCAGAGCUGAAAGGCGCUUAGGGCCAAGCAAGGUCAAGCGAGGCUGCAGGCUCUAAUCCCUGCACCCUGUGGGUGCUUGCCUGGCUGGGCAGGACACCGGGGUCCUCAACCUACACCCCAUGGCAGCCCCCACCACCUCUCUGUCCUGGCAUCAAGUCCUGCCCAUAGGCCCCACAGUGGUGCUCCGAAGAUGAUGGCGAGAGCUAGGCUGUAGCGUGCCCAGGUGCCCUGAGUGGGGUGAGAAUGCUGGCAGGGCGGUGGCGGCUGGAGGGGCGGCGGUGGCAGCGUGCCGAGCCAGCUGUGGUGCUCCGCGCCCUCUACAACUACGCAUACCGUGCCGAGGAUGGGCGGCAUGUGGCCAUGGCUGCUGGCGAGCAGUUCCUGUUGCUCCACAAAGCCAAUGAGGACUGGUGGCAGGUGAGACGGGCCAGUGAGCCCCACUGGGCUCGGCCCUUCUUCGUCCCUGCUACUUAUGUGACCGAGUUGGACCCUAGUGACACUGGGAGACGGAGCAUGCUGCCCCCCAGCCAGCCUGCAGGCACAGGCCCACCACCGCAGUACCGCUCACUGGAGGACCUGUGUGGCCCACCUCCACCAUCCCCUCAGGAGGCCAAGCUGACCUCCAUGCGUCCCACGGGCCACUGCAUCAGCACCAGCCAGCUGGCAGAGGGGGCCCUGCCCACCCCAGCUCUGCUGAGGUGCCAGUCGCAGGAGGAGCUGCUGGCCCAGGGCACUGGGGUGCCCCCCCUAGGAGCUGCCAUGAUCUACUGCAACCUUGAGGAGCUGCAGCGGGCGGGGGCGCGGGCUGAGCCCCCUGUGCCAGCCGGGCCCCCCCUCCAGGUUUUAGGGGCCUGGGAACGUCACCUGGACCCCACCACCGGUCGCUGCUUCUUCUACAACUCUCAGACAGGCACGACCUCCUGGAAACCUCCCCGCCGGCACCGGGAGGAGGGCCUGCCCCCCUCCACCGAGCCCCCCAGGACCACAGCACACUGGAGCUCCAGGGAUGCCGGGGUCCCCAGUGGCACCGUGAGCCACAGCCGGACCCUUGCCCACCACAGCCUUGAGGACUGGGCAGCCACCCCCCUGCCCUCCCUGGCACCAGCAAAGCCCCUGCCCUGCACCCCUGCCCUGCCCACCGAGGUGCAGAAGGCCGGGCAGCUCAACAGGACCAAGAUUGCUGAGGGGGGAAGGAAGCUCAGGAAGAGCUGGGGGGUCUCCUGGGUGGUGCUGGCCGGGAACAGCCUCAUCUUCUACAAGGAGCCCAAGGGGCCGGCACCCACUGCCUGGUGCCCUGCCAGCAGCCGCCCUGAGAGCAGCGUGGACUUGCGGGGGGCUGCUCUGGAUUGGGCCCGUGACCUCUCCAGCAAGAAGAAUGUCAUCCACCUCCGCACUGUGACGGGUAAUGAGUUCCUGCUGCAGUCGGACCAUGAGGCCACCAUCCAGGAGUGGGCCCGGGCCAUCCGGGGAGUCAUCCGUCAGCUGCCCCAUUGGCAUCCCCAGCUGUCCCUGUCCACCACCAUCCCCUGCCAGGACCUGGAGAACCCCGUGGAUGCAGCUGUGGGGUGGCUGCACCGGGGGUAUGCUGGGGACCUGAUGGAGCUCAGCGGGGAUGAGGACGAGGCGUCGCGGGUCACUGAGGGGGCUGGGGCUCCAGGUGCCCCCCCCACCCCUGACUCCUCAGAGAAGAAGCGGGUGAAGAGCAAACUGAGGCGCUUCAUCGUGAAGCGGCCCCCGCUCCAGAGCCUGCAGGAGAAGGGGCUCAUUCGAGACCAGGUGUUUGGGUGCCGCCUGGAUGCACUGUGCCAGCGGGAGAGCACCACAGUGCCCCGCUUCGUCCGGCUCUGCGUGGAGGCCAUUGAGGAGAGAGGCCUUGACGUUGAUGGGAUCUACCGGGUCAAUGGGAACCUGUCCGUAAUUCAGAAGUUGCGUUUUGCCGUGGACCGGGAGCGAGCUGUGACCUCAGAUGGGCGCUAUGUCUUCCCUGAGCAGCUGUGCCAAGAGGAGCGGCUCAGCCUGGCAGACCCCGAGUGGAGCGAUGUCCACGUGGUCACCGGUGCCCUCAAGCUCUUCUUCCGGGAGCUGCCUGAGCCCCUAGUCCCGUACCGGCUCUUCGACCCCUUCAUUGAAGCUAUAAAGCUGCCGGACCCCCAGGAGCAGGUGGAGCGAGUGGCUGAGCUGGUGCAGAGACUGCCCCCUGCCAACUAUGCCACCCUGCGCUACCUCCUGGCUCACCUCUGCCGGGUGAUGGAGCGGGUAGAUGUCAACCGCAUGACGCGCCAGAACAUCGGCAUUGUGUUCGGGCCGACGCUGCUGCGGCCGGAGCGGGAGCUGGGCAGCCUGGCAGCGGGCAUGGCCCAGCAGAACCAGGCCGUGGAGCUGCUUCUGGCACAUUUCGACCAUAUUUUCCCCACACCCCCCUGAGCUUGCCCCCUCCCAAGUCAGGCAUAGGUGCUCUGGCUUCUGGUGCCCCUUCCUACUCCCUCAGUCCUCCCUGCCCCAUGUACCUUUGACUCUGCAGUAAACAGGCAUCUUCCCUGGGA